CCUCAAACCUUCUCUCUUUCUCUCUCUCUCUCUCUCUAGAAAAAAAAUGAGCAGUUUGAGCAUGGUGGAGGCAAAGCUGCCGGCGGGGUUUAGGUUCCAUCCAAGAGAUGAUGAACUUAUAUGUGAUUACUUGAUGAAAUGGGUGUCCACAAGCGGUGGAGGUGGUGGCGCCGCUUCUGGACAUGGCCGGCCUCCUCUACUGAUCGAAGUUGACCUCAACAAAUGUGAACCAUGGGACAUUCCUGAAAAUGCAUGUGUUGGAGGCAAAGAUUGGUACUUUUACAACCAACUUGACCGGAAAUAUGCGACUGGAUCAAGAACAAAUCGAGCCACUAUUUCUGGAUAUUGGAAGGCAACUGGGAAGGAUAGGGCAGUACUUCGAAGGGGUACUCUAGUCGGUAUGAGAAAGACUUUGGUAUUCUACGAGGGUCGGGCACCCAAAGGGAGAAAGACAAGUUGGAUUAUGCACGAAUUUCGCCUCGAAGGACCCCUUGCUCCUCCUAAAUUUAUUUCUCCUGUUAUGGUAGAUUGGGUGUUAUGCAGAGUGUUCAACAAAAACAGAUCAGAACUGUGUGCCAAACAAGAAUUGGGAAGCACUCUUCCACCAUUAGUUGAACCCUACAUUACCUUUGACCAAGUUGAUGAGCAAGUGUCCUGCUUCUCCAUUCUUAUCCCAAACCAAACAAACCCUAAUUUCUCAAACCUCGCCCAAAUGGAUCAAGAUUUGUCCACUUUUCCACAUCAACUUGGAGUGCAUAGUAAUUCAAACCCAUGUUAUGAUAAAAAGCUGGUGACUGAUGUUUUGGAGCAUGUUUUCACGAGGGACACAAUGAACCCUAACACGAAGGGAUCCCCGAGCUUCGGGGAAGGAAGUGCUGAGAGUUACUUGUCUGAAGUUGGCUUCCAACAGCCUCCCGUGUGGAAUUACUAUUGAUUAAUGGAAUUUCAACCCUAGUUUUUGUCUGUAAACUGUUAUAUAUAUGUGUUUGGACUCCAUUAUUUUGAAAGAAUGUAUUUUGAAAUAGCAUAUUGGUGGAUAAUGUAUGAUUAAAAAAUGA